UAUUAAGGUACACUGACAGCCCAAAAUAAGUACAUAAAUAGUUACACGCAAAUUUAUACAUGAAUCCAGGGAAAAACUUUUGUAAAUAGAAAGCAUGUAAAAGCAUACCUUUCUUAUUUUGUGUUAAGUUCAAUUUUAACUUUUAAAACUAGGCACCUCUCCUACUGUGUUCGGCUUCACUAUUUUUUCAGGUGACCACUUUCUCAUACCACUAAUGGAAUAUCGAAAAAGGUAUUAAAGCACACAAAUCGUGAAGCAAGUGGACUCAUUUUUGCUCAAACCUCCUACAUACAUACACACAUACCUUUUUGCCAUUAAUCAAAUGUGCACAAUACUAGUUCUCGUGGGGCUGUCCAUUAGCAAAAUCUUGCAAUUGCAGGAAUAAGAAGGCCGAGUUUGCUUCACUUCACCACUUCCGGGGCUGGAUUAGUACUCGGAUCAAUAUUUCUUAGAACGGAAUUGAGAGCAAGGGCAUUCAAAGGAAGAAAACCUACUGCGUUUCUGAAUUUUCGUCAAUCAAAAUCCAGUAGAAUUAUUUCAUUACUUUCUCAGCUCAGAUAAAAUCAUACAAAUUAUAUCGUUCCAACUUUCAAUCUGACAAAAUCUAAGAUGGAGGACGCACAAAUUCCUCCAACGGAUGACCAGAAGAAGGAAACUGCAAAAAUCUUUAAGAUGGGCAACAUUUUGUUUAUCGCUUGUAUCAUCUACAUGGGAGCAACAGGGGGGCUAUGUCUGACUGGAACGGUCAAUCUGGCAGGGCGUACAACAUCCCUCCCAAAUUUCGCAUCACGCUUGGAAUUCACACUCAAAUACCUGACGCUUCCCCUCCUUUGGCUCCUGCUCCUCAUUUUCAACAUCAUCAUCAAUAGAGGGAAAACUGGAGCCUUGAAUCCACUUGCUGGCCGUGACAUGUUCUUCAAGAAACAAUCAAACAUUUUGCAAAACUCUUUCGAGCAGUUUAUUCUCUCUGCAUUUGCACAAUUCAUCCUUGUCUCAUUUUUGGAUGAAGUUUGGACGCUGAGAAUAAUUCCUUGGAUCAACUUCCUUUUUGUAAUUGGACGAAUUACGUUCUAUCUUGGUUAUCCGAUAUACAGGGGUUUUGGCAUGUUUCUGUGCCUACUCUCUACAACUGGAAUGGUGGGGUUUGCAGUGUAUAAGUUUUUUGAGCACUUAUUUUUUUAAGUGGGCUAUUGUAAUGCAUGCAAUGCUUUUCUCUGUACUUGUAGUACAAAUUGCGUUUAACAAAACUGGUUAAAGAAUAGUUAGUCAAUUGAUUUUACCCAAUUUAUUAUUUUAGAAAAAGUACAUAAGUGAGUAUACGAAUCGUGUGACAAUGUGGCAUACUUACAUACUUUUGUAUAUAUGUGUGCACUGAUACAUACAUACUGUACAUAUGCAAUUAUGUGAUGCAAUGUUUAGUUGUAGCAUGAUCAAUUAGCACUUAAAACAUGCAUAUGAAAAUAUUUAUGACACGAAUGUGACAUUAUUAAAUACAUAUUUUGGAAGAA